UCAAGUCGCACAACAAGUUGGGCGACGCCAUGUUCGUGGAGUUACCACGUGUUCGAUUGGAUGGCGGCGCACGUGCUUUUCGACAACAUUGGGGUUACGAGUCACGACCCCUAGCACCGCCGCCGCCAUUGAUCGAGGAAGACGAAGCGGCGGUUGAACCAGAAACAGUUAGUCUACGGGAAGCCAACACCGCGUCUCCGAUAGACACGUCCUACGAGAAGGCCUGUCGAAGGGGUAGCGCUCCGGCCACCCCUGUCCUCGGAGCACGACCCUUGGACGUCACCCCCAACAGAAUCGUCAACUUCUUCUCGAAGAGGUCGUUCCGCUCGAACCCGCUGAAGAGGACGAAGAGCGUGACGAAGCUCGAGCGACAGAAGCAACGCGGCGCCGGACUUCGGGGUUGCCGUUCACACGAGUCCCUGCUCUGCGGACAGGCGGUGACCUCGAUGGACCUCGCGGCCGUGACACCGCUGCAUCCGAGCCUGCUUGGCAGACCUCACUGCUUCCAGGUCACACCCAGCACCGGUGGGCCCAAGUAUUUCAGUUGCAGGACCGCUCACGAACGGGACCAGUGGUUACACAGCUUGAGGAAAUCCGUUCAACCUGACGCGGAGCAGACACGACGAACGGACAAUUCCCUGCAGAUCUGGCUGCUCGAGGCUAAAGGUGUGCCAGCGAAGAAACGAUACUUCUGCGAGGUCUGCCUGGACAGCACUUUGUACGCGAGAACCACCGCGAAACUGAAGGCCGACCUAUGCUUCUGGGGCGAGCACUUCGAUUUCCAUCACUUGCCUUCCGUCAACACUAUACAGGUGAACCUGUACAGGGAGGCUGACAGGAAGAAGAAGAGGGAUAAAAAUGUCUUGAUCGGUUCCGUGAGCAUACCAGUGCACAACGUGACGUCUCGUUACCUAACGGAGAAAUGGUACACCGUCGUCGGGGAUAAAGGCCCUCUGAAGGAACCACCAGCGCUGAGGGUGAAAUGUCGUUUCCAAUCUGUGGACAUACUGCCGGUUCAGGUAUACCAGGAGUUCUUGGAGUAUUUGAAGACAGAUUAUGCGUCCUUGUGCGAGAAAUUGGAGCCGGUGAUCGGUGUCAAAGCGAAGGAGGACAUCGCCACCGCUUUGGUUGCCGUCAUGCAACGCGAAAAGAAAGCGCCUCAAUUUCUCGCCGACUUGGUGAUGAUGGAUAUACACAGAAUAGACGACGAGAGGCUCACCUUUCGAGGAAAUUCCUUGGCCACGAAGGCGAUGGAGGCCUACCUGAAGUUGACGGGCGACAGGUACCUACAGGAGACCUUGGGAGCCGUUGUAAGAGGAGCGGUGGAGGGUGGCGACUGCGAGGUGGACCCGCUGAAGGUCGCCUCUGUGGCGGCCCUUCACAAGCAGCAACAGAAUCUACGGAACGCCGUGGAGCUCGCCUGGAGCAGGAUACUGGCUAGCCACGCUCACUUUCCUCUCGAAUUACGCGAGUGCUUCCGUAUAUUCCGCGAACGUCUGGCUGACAUGGGCCGUGAGGACAUAGCUGACAAUCUGAUCUCUGCGUCUAUAUUCCUCAGAUUCCUCUGCCCGGCCAUCUUGAGCCCGUCCCUCUUCAACAUUACUCACGAAUACCCAAAUGAAAAAGCAGCAAGGAAUCUCACUCUCGUAGCUAAAACUCUUCAAACUCUAGCCAACUUCACGAGAUUCCAGGGAAAAGAAAACUUCAUGGAAUUCAUGAACGACCUACUGGAACGUGAAGCGCCAUCUAUGAAGAAUUUCCUUCAACUAAUCAGCAGCCCCCUGCCAAAGGAUGCACCGGCGAAUAACUCCUUGGAAUUCGACGGAUACAUAGACCUGGGAAAACAAUUGUCCCUCCUGCAUGCGCUUCUACGUGAAAGUUUGGUCACGAUAACUUCGUUCUCCUCAUCACUGCCUCCAUCGAGACUACCAGAGAUCCUCGAGAGGAUCUCCAUAGCCUUAGAUCAAUCGGGUCCAAGCCCAGUGCCCGCUUCUCAUCGCUAUCCAAAUCUACAAAAUAAUAUAUUCCGCUAUAACGAUCCCACAAUAGCGAAUAGCAACACUAACCUGUCUGUAUCAGCAACGUCUACCUUGAGCAAUCAUAGUACCCUGAACGGAACGAUCAGAGACAGUAACGAAGUGCUACAGUCGAACACACUGGGCCACAACAGCUCUCGUAGCCCUAAUGUAGCCAGGGCUGCCACUCUUCCUCGCAAUGCAUACAUGCCGACCAAUGGAAAAUUGCAAUUGCAAAUUACCACGGACGAUUAUCCACUCGAACCACCAGCCUUUGUGUCACGUUCACCCACACCUAUAGUGAGACAACAUAGAGCAAUAGGGACGAACAGGACAGGCGCGGGAUACAGAUUGACCGCCAGUGCAAGCCUGGCGAAUGUAAAUCACUGCCAGACGCACCCCACCAGCCCAACAAGAUCCGAGAGUCACAGCAAUCUGAAAGAUUCAAAUUACAACAUUACCACGUCGCAAAUCAAUCAGGCGAACAACUGCACUAUCAUGUCCCAGCAGCAACAGCAGCAGAACCAUAGACACAACAUAGCGCGGCUGCAGAACCUGGACAUCCAUGACAGGGAGGACAACUACAAUCACAAUAAUUACAACGUUUCGAGAUCAACUAGCAGGAACCACUGCAACAAGGAAGAGAACGCGAAUCAGAUGCAGCAUCAGAAUUAUAACAACGUGUCUAAGACUACGGUAAACGCAAACGUCGUGGUGAAUCCCCCGUCGAACCUCACGCUGUCGAUUAACCAUCAGCCAAACAACAAUUACAACAACAGCAAGACAAACAACACGACUGCGAAUGGCAACCUGGACGAGCUGUCUGAUCUAUUGAGGUACGCCGAUGACGAAGUAUCGGAAUCAAAAUCACAAAAAGGAUCACAAAUAUCAAUUUCCCAAUUAAGCAACGUUGCCUCGUCGGGUUAUCAGAGCUUCGCUGCUUACAGCCAAAGCUCCAGCCCCGUGGAUCUCAGCAGCAACAAUGCAAACGCACAUAUACUCAAUGCCGCUCCGCUGGCUUUCACCAAUCCUGUUUACCAUAUGGAAUCGAAUCACGGAAGGAACGGCAGGAGAGGCAGCAGUAGUUCAGAGGAGAGGGAUGGAAGUGGAGGGGGAGUAGAGGGCGUGAGAGGCGUGGAUCUCAGCCCUUCGCCACCGCCGCAAAAUAACGUAAGGAAUCUGCAGAGAAAUAACCAGAAUCAGUGGAGGCAGACCAACCAGACGCACAGAAAUAACUCGGAACAGAAUCAGAGUAUCUGUUGCACGAAAUUGAGGAGGAGGCUGUCGUUAGACUCGACGCGAGAUCUGUCUGAUACCAGCGAGGAGGAGAGCUGCACAACGAGGAGGAGCAAAUCUCGCAGUCAUCGAAGCAUCGAUCAGUAUGAAGUGGAAAUCGAGAGGCUGCAGAGUAGCGUAGAUCGACUGAGGGCCCGGUUAGGCGCAACCGAGGAUACCGAUAUAGAUGGCGUUGCACCGGAUACCAAGAUGAAGAGCAUCAUUUCCAGGUUAAUCUCUGUGGAGGAGGAGCUACGGCGCGAACAGCAGAAGAUGUCGGCUGCGCUGUCGUACAAGCAGCGCGUGAUCGAUGCGCAGGAGCAGCAAAUAGCCGCCCUGGACGCCGCGAAUUCGCGUCUAAUGACAUCAAACACAAAACUGUUGUCCGCAUUGAGCACCCUGAAGCAACGAUACAACGCAAAGUCGAGCCAAUCGAGCAACGAGGCGGCCGCGUUGCUGCAGAACAUCGCUGAUAUCGGCGAGCUGAAAAGUUCGUCCUGUUAAAACGGAUAGAGAUAGAAGUAGAGAGAGAAAGAGAAAGGAAGAGAGAGAAUAGGCAACCAGUGCCACCUGGACAUCACCAUCCCUAGUUACCGCUCGAAGACCAGGCCAAUACACCCGGUGAAUCAACGUAGAACGAGAAGAAUCGCGUUUGACGCUUCUCGAUUGACGAACCCGAUCAGAGUCUCGAGAACGACUCGAUUCACACGAUUUGCUCGCGUUCUAAACGCUUUAGCACGUGUUCCGAAUGAGAAAUAGCGAGGGGGGAAGAGACAAGUUCGAAGUCUGACUUUUUCUCCAAACUAGUUUGAUCCCGAGCGUUCGCUGUUUCUUCAUUUGGUAACACGCAUUCGAGAGGAGUACCGCAAUCCUGCGAAGAAGUUCCACGAGGAUACACUUGCUAGGUUUGACGAAUCUAGGCAAAAUAGAAAGAGAAGUACGCGAGCGUCGAGAACAAAGAGAGAAAGAGAGCGAGAAAGAGAAAGAGUGAAAGGCGUGCGAAAAUAGAGGCUACCUAGUAAAUAGGCAAACGGUUUAAGUAGAUAAUUUACGUCGAGUUUAAUGUGACACAUAGCGUUAGGAUUAUUUGUACCGAGUUAGGUCGCGAACGUCGCGAGGCCUCGCGUCGUUCAUAAUUGCGAAUGCUCGUAGCAGCUCUCGUUCGAGUCGAAGUUGAUAAAAGUCGAUCGACCAUUCGUAUCGCUGGCUUUUAACAUCUGACAUCGUUCCGAGAAUUGGUCCCGAACGACUUUCCUUCGUUCGACAUGAACGAGCCGGAAAGUCGACGAGGUUAGGUGGACAGGUUAGGUUUCUUGGUUAGGACGCAAGGAUAGGUUAAUUCUCUGUAUCGAUAGGCAGCAACGAAGUCGAUCGACUCGUUUGAUGGCGGAUGAAAGCGAGAAGCAAACGGACAGGACGAGCCCCCGCUAGACGGUAAACGAUGUCUGUCUCUUCUUUCGUUUCACUUCCUUCUGUGUUUAUUUUUCUGUUUUCUGUUAUUCGUUUAGCAUCGUGUAUACGUACCUUGACGCACAGCCGCAUGCACCGUAAACGCUAGCAUAAUGUAUGGAGAAUUAUAUUGUGGAGUUAGUUGGAAGUUCUGUUGCAAGAUUUGUAAGUGUAUUCCGGAUCUUAAAUACUGGUUACAAAUUUCCGAUGAGUGUGAGUUCUGAUUUAGUUUGACUCUGGAACACGGUUACUUUGUUCAAUUUAAAACCUUAUUUUUAAAUAUUACAAUCAGUUAUUAGAGAGGUGAAAGAUGUAACGUCACUAGCAAAAGUGUUUUUUAAUGUAUUAUUGACACUGAUAUACAUGAUCAUCAGUUAUUGUUUGCAUGCCUCAAGCUUUAGG